AUGGCGCAGCCCUCCGUGCUGUCCGACAAAGGUCUUGCCAGGUUCCGUACUAAGACCUGCGAACGUCUCCUGGCAGAUGGCACCUGCAUUUACAGGAGCAGGUGCCAGUACUCCCACAGCGCCGCGCCGCCGCGGCGGAACCCCACGCGGCACGCCUACGCGCCCCAGCUCUGCCCCCACGCCGCUGCCUGGGCCGAGGGCCGCGGCGGAGGCUGCGCCCGGGGCGAGCUCUGCCCGUGGGCGCACUCCGAGGACGAGGUCAACUACCACCCAGAGGUGUACAAGACGCGCCUUUGCCAAGGCGGCUCCUCCUGCGAGGACUUUUACUGUCCCUUCGCGCACUCCGCCGCCGAGCUGCGCAAGCAGGAGCCCGCCGGCGCGGCUGCGGAGCCGCGGCCUUCCGCGGCGGCCAGCGGCGACGCGGGGGCAGGCCAGGCCUCUUGCAGCACCGCCAGCAGCACUCCCACCCUGCUCGCUGCUAGCGCCGCAGGCGACGGCUGGUGGGAGCUCGACGAGCGCCUGUCGGUGGCCAGCGAGGCGCGCGGGCCCGCGCCCGCGGCCAGCCGUGGGCCCGGCAGCCUGGGCGAUCGCGGCGAGGCCCUCGCUGGCGGGCGGAUCGUCCCGGGCCUGCUGCGGGCCAAGGCCAAGGGCGAGGGCGCGGCCCCGGCGCCGUGCCGCGUGAAGGUGGUGCCCGCUGGCCGGGCCGAGCGGGCGCAGAGCAGCCAGGUCGUGAAGGAGCUCAAGUGGUGGAUGUCGUUGGAUGCCGGCAAGGACAGCCAGGUCUCCUCCCGAGCAGCCGGCGCUCAGGGCCCGGCCCGGCGCGCGCUGGCCCUGCGCCGCACCGUGGCGACGGCGUGCCUGGUGCUCCCGGAGGCCGCGUCGCCGACCCUCGGCGAGAGCGUCGACGGGGGCCUCCUCGGUGGAGCCCGCGGCCCCCACAGGGCCGAGAGCAUCGCCGAGCUCUGCGCCCGCGGCGCCUCCGGGUCCGCGGCGCCCGCCUGCGCGGUGCUGCAGGCUGGGGCUUGGGCCCGGCAGCUGGCGGAGGAGGUGGCGCGGUUCCACGCCGUCGGCUGUGCGCACUUGUGCAUCUCCCCCGGCACCGUGCUGGCAUUGGAGGACGGGACCGUUCGCCUCGGGGACUUCCUGGGCAAGAUCCGUGUGCUCGGCCUCCUGCGCCCCGCGGGCGGCAGCGGCGACGCUGGCGUCGGGGAGGACCUCGGCUGGGCCGCGUGGCUCCCCGCGGAGGCGCAGCGGCGGGCGGCGCGCCAGGCCGACGGCUCGCUGGGCGCGGUGGUGGCGGCGGCGGACGGGCCCGGCGGCGCAGACCUGCUGCGUGUGGACCUCUGGCAGCUGGGGGUGGUCGUCUUCUUUCUGCUGACAGGGGAGCACCCGUUCGGCGACCGCAAGGAGCCGCGCGCGAUCUGCGAGAACAUUCAGCGAGGAGACGCCGUCAACCUCGGGAUCCUGGCUGGCCCCCUGCCCCUCUUCGCGGACCUCGUCGCGCGGCUGAUCGCCGACGCGCCAGAGCGCCGCUGGUCGGCAGAACAGGCUCUCGGCCACCCGGCGCUGUGGUCCUGGGACGAGGCCUCGCACGCGCUGGCGCGGGCGCCGCGCCUGCUGCCCGCCGCUCUGCGUGGCGGCGCGGCGUCGGGGCUCCCGGCGCUGGCGCCGCUGCUCGCGGGCUGCGGCGCGGCCCGCGGCGCCGCCGCCUCGGAGGGCGCGGCCGACCUCGUGGCGGCGCUGGGCCUGCAGCCGGCGCACGCGCCGCAGCAGGAGCCGCCUGCCGUCGCGGCCGGGGCGGCACAAGGGCACGGAGCCGGGGGGGCAGUGCCCAUGGCGGCGGCAGCGGCGGCGCGCUGCGAAGGGCCUGUGUGCGACGAGCAUCAGCAGUCCAUUGUCAGCGGCUCCCUGCUGCGGUGCGUGUGGCCCGAUGGCGUGCGCUACCGCAGGGGCCGCUGCCGGAACGACCGCCUCGACCGGACCGCGUAUUUCAACGUGGAGAUCUUCGUGAAGGAGCGGGUGCGCGAUUGGGUGCGCGCGAAGCACGGGUGGCUGCCGCUGUUCGGCGUGGGGGAGGCAGAGGGCCUGCCGCUCUUCGAGCUCGUGCCGGCACCGGCGGCCAGCGCGCCGAGGCAGCGUGCAGGCGCCGCGGGCGCGCCGCCCGCGCCGCGCGGCUCCCCGGGGCUCGCGCAGCAGGCGCCGCCCGGGCUGGGCGGCGGCGUGGUGGUGCCCCGGGUGCCUGCGCCGUGGGCGGGCGGGGCCGCGCUCGCUCCGCCGCCCGGGCUGGGCGGCGGCGUGCGGGGCGCCGGGGCGCCGGCGGCGACGGCGAUGGAGGGGCGCAGCGCGGGGGCCACGGCCAGGGUGACGACGACGAAGGAGGCGGCCUUCGAGGCCCUGCUGUCGUGGGCGAAGGCGGACUCUGGCAGCUGGGCGCCCCCGCCGGAGCCCCCGAAGCAGCCCGUCGCGCCCUCGGGCUCGGGCCUGAACCCGCACGCCCAGAGCUGGUUCCCCCCGCCGCAGCGAGAGGCGGCGGCGGGCUCGCGGGAGCCCGUCAAGGUCCAGAUGGGGGGCCUGGAGCCGCGGGCGCCGACGCCGGCGCUCUCGCGCGACGCGCCCGCGUACGUGGGGACAGGCAGCACCUCGCACUUGUGCUCGACGGGCCCCGGCGUCGACUUCGGCGCGUACGAGGAGAGCUUCGACAGCCUCUUCCAGACCCAGCCGCUCCACGCGCUCCUCGGAACCACUGGUUGCGCCGCUCCUCCCGCAGAUCACGGCCUGACUCCGAUGUUCGCGUACGCCUAGCAGUCAGCCGCGCAGCCUUCGCCCGCGGCUGGGGGCGGCUGCAUGGAAUGGCCGCGGCGCCAUCUGGCGCACCAGGGAGACAUGUGCAGGGUGGAACAGCCAUCCUCCAGGUGUCCUGCUCUCCGUGCGGCGAUAAUUCAUGUUUUACAUAAGCGAUGACAGCUUCGCUUGCAAUAUGCCCGUCUCCUCCGUUAUUCUACCCGUCUGCUUGUCUCUCUUCCUCGUGUUUGUGUAUGUUUUCUGUCGCUUUAUACUUCUUCCCUUAUCCAGGUCUCCCUAUCCUCAGUGCCUGUACAGAUUUUUGUGGAUAGCCCAAAAGGGCUCCCGAACAUCAGAUUCGGAUUUCUUCCUCUCCUGCGAGCCCCGAGCGCAUGUGUGGCGCCUGCUGCUCCCGUGCGCGGCUCGAACGGAGGGAGGCCAAUCGAGCAGACUGCAAGCGUGUGCUCCAAAAGCCGUUUGCAUGCUUUUAUGCGACUGUCCACGUCGGUGACCACGCGAUCCGUUCCUGUUCCGUCGUUUCUGUCUCUCGCACCGUCUGGCCUGCUGUUUCAAAGUUUUGGUGCAGGAUGCGGGCAUUUCCAUGCCAGAGGCUCUGGGCGAGCUCCAGAGAAACAUAUCACCCUCGACGCUGUUUGCAGAGAGUCCCCGAGCACACUCGUCGGAUUCUUCGCGGUAGUCUUAUCUAGAACUCGCGCGACCGCCAAAGUGGGGCUCUCGGGGAGGCCAG